GUCACAAGCUAGGACAUUUCUUUCCCAAGAAAAUGGCAAGGUUAUGUGAACGAAAUCACGCUCGAUUUAAAGAUUUAUUUUAAAUCGAGUUGGAAAGGCUGACUUCCAAUAAUUUUUCAAGCUCCUACUGUAUCUCGAGCCUAUCUUCUGGAGAAUUGACUCUUCCUGCCAGCAUGGUGUCAUUUGCAAAUUGGAUGAGUUCUCCUUCUAUCCCUUGGCCUAAAUAUUGAUGAAGAUAUUGAAGAACAUUAGGCCUAAGUCAGCCUUUUUAGUUGCAGAGGUCGGAUGGGCAGACAGAUACGCAUACGCACAGGUAGCGCAUUACUUUCACUUUCGCUCUCCACUCUGAGCAGGCCGAAGCACCAGCGCCGGAAUGACGAUUUCCUUCUGGGAUCGCACUUCCUUUGCUCCAGGCAAGCAGCAGGCGGAGAAUAGCGGUAAGAACUGAAGACUGAGGGGGCACAAUGUCACACACUUCCCGCUGCAAGCUAGUUGAAUAUUUGGAAGAGCUGAAUGAUGAAGAAUUUGAGAAAUUUAAGCUGCACCUCGAGGACUACCCAGUGGAGAAGGGCUACAAGCCCAUCCGUCGUUGCAAGACUGAAAAAGCAGCCCAUGUUGAAAUAGCUCGAUACAUGAUUGAGGCGUAUGACGAUGCCAAGGCGUUGAAGAUGACUGUCAGGAUUCUGAAUGGAAUAAAUAAAAAGGAUCUGGCUGCAAGAAUCCAAAAGGAGAUGCCAGAUUAUUUUCUUCAGUUUCCAGAAUCAGACAAUGAGACAAUUUCUGAACCUCAAAAUAAAGUGGAGGUGAUGCUGGAUCCCAAGACAGCUUUUCCUACCCUCAUCCUUUCAGAAGAUCGGAAAAGCGUAUACAUGGGUGACCGAGCCCAGGACUUUCCUGACAAUCUUGAACGCUUUAAUUUUUUACCUUGCGUCCUGGGAACAGAAGGCAUCGAUUCUGGGACUUCACAGUGGGUGGUGGAAGUGGGCAACGCCAAACAAUGGGCUGUUGGUGCUGUACGUGAAUCCAUAGAAAGAAAAGGAUAUCUAAAUAUAGGGGCUACUGAAGGGUUUUGGGUAUUGCAGCUGAUGGAUGGAGAAUAUGAGGUCACCACCACACCUAAGACCAUUCUUCCACUGUGGAAGACAGUACAACGGAUUCUCAUUACCUUAGAAUUCAGUUUAGGCAAAUUAUCCUUUUUUGAUGUGGAUUCUAUGGAGAUUAUCUUUACUUUCAACUAUCCAUUUUCUGAGAAAAUGUUCCCCUUUUUCCUGACUUGGGACAAAAAAAAUCCAUUAAAAAUUAGUACAGAUUACUCUGCAAAAUAAUCUGAAGAAAAACCAGAUGAAACAGUUCUGGGAAAUUAUCCAACCUGAAGAAUGUUCUGUUCAGACCUUGAAGUGAUUGUCCUUAGAUUCAGGGAAUCUUACUUUUGAAUAAAUACAAUAAAAUAGUGUUGUUAAUUUCUGAUUUCUGUUCCCUUUAUUCUUUUCAGAAUUUUAGCCAGUCUUACAAUAACUUGCAAAAGUAACAGCUGUUCUUGAAUUUGGAAACCCUUCAGGCGGAAGGACGGUUGAAAUACAAGGCAAGGAAUAGAAUGAGGGCACUAAGUAAAAGGCUGCCAAUU